AUGAAACAUAGAGCUACUCGUCGACGAACACUCCCACAAGCACGAGAAACAACUAAUAUUAUGGCGGGUAAAUCGUUAUCUCAUCAUAAAAUUAAUCGGCCAUAUCGACCAACAUUAUUACAAGAACAAACAAUUGAAAAGCAACAAAAACGAUUCGAUACAGUAAAUCAAAUGUUAGAAAAAGUGUCGAGUAAGCCAGUGAACACGUCAUUGAAUUACAACAAUAAUAAUCAUAGUCCAACUGAAAAUGGACAUGAUGAUGGAUCUGAAGUUUCAAUCGUUGGAUAUCUGAAAGCCAAACCAAUCAAAUUUCAAACACUUGAUGAUCUUCUUCAAAAUUUUCCAUCUGUCCGUACUGCACUUCUUAAAAAACGAACCAUUCCAUCUUCAUCCUCUUGCACUGAAGCUAUUACUUCAAGUUUAUCAUCAUUACAAAUAACUCCACAAGCAUCAAUUACACCUACUCUUUCAACUAAAUCUGCUUGGCGUACACGUCGAACAUUUGCAUUAGAUGAUGAUGAACUUCGACUUGUACAAACAAUAGUAAGUGGUGAUGAAAAGGAAUCAUUUGGAAUGAUUGGUGAUCAACCAAUAACUCGUAGAGACAUUCGUACACUUCGUGGUCUUACAUGGCUUAAUGAUGAAGUUGUCAAUUUUUAUUUGGCACUUGUAGCACGUGAUAGUGGUACACAAGGAAAUUUACGUGUAUAUGCAUUUAGUACAUUUUUCUAUUCGAAAUUAUCUAAAGAUGGACCAACACAUCCAAGUUGGGAUCGAUGGAUGCGACGAGGAAAUAUAACAUUUUUUGAAUAUGAUUUAAUAUUAAUACCAAUUCAUCAAGGCAAUCAUUGGACAUUAACUACAAUUGAUUUUCGUUCUCGUUGUAUUGGUUAUUAUGAUUCAUUAGGUGGAACAGAUGAUAUGUGUUUAGGUCGUGUUUAUGCAUUUGUUGAACAUAUGUAUGCAACAAAAAAACAAAUUGUACCAAUGCCUGAUGGUUGGCGUGUACAACCAAUGAAUAUGAUACCUGAACAAGCAAAUGGAAGUGAUUGUGGAGUAUUUGCAUGUCAAUUUGGUAAAUAUUUAGCACGUGAAUGGCCAUUAGAUUUUACUCAAGCACAAAUGGCACAAUUUCGUUUGCAAAUGAUUUAUGAAAUUUAUACAAAACAGCUUAUUGUUUGA